GGCAAGUCACCGUCGCACCAUUCUCUCACGAAUCAGUGCUUACGACGUCGGCCAUCCUACCGCAAGCAGAAACCGUCAGAUUGUAUCUUUUACUUGCUGCUCGCGACUGAAUCGUUCGUCCACUUUAGAUAUCAUUAAAUUUUAGUUUUUGAUAGUCUACACUAGCGUUUGUACCAUCUUCGGCAUCGACUGUAUAGUAAGUAGCCCGAUUCAGAAGCAGUAUACAGCAGAAACUCGCCCGUGUGCAAGCCGUCGUUUGGAUUACUGAGUGGAAGCCUUUGAUAGUGCUGCAGCAAGUGCAAUUCCGGAUCAAUAAUGUUUCCAACGCCGCUAUCAGAGGAUUUUUUCCUGAAAUGUCGGACCGACUUCUACGAGUGUCCGAAAAAUGUCCUCGCGCAAAAUGUCUGCACCCGGAUAGAUCCAUUCGAAGCGUGUAUGUCGCGGAAGGCGUUGGAAAACACUCAGCAUGUAUUCACAUACAAGAUUGAAAACGAGGGCAAACCUUUGACGAAUCAGAAAAGUUCCGGCCGUUGCUGGUUAUUUGCGGCACUGAACUGCAUCCGGAUUCCCUUCAUCAAGCAGUACAACCUGGACGAGUUUGAAUUUUCCCAGGCGUACCUCUUCUACUGGGACAAAAUCGAACGGGCCAAUUACUUCCUGAACAACGUCGUCGAUACUGCUCGACGAGGGGAAACGGUUGAUGGCCGGCUAGUAGCAUUCCUUCUGUCGGAUCCGACGUGCGACGGUGGCCAGUGGGACAUGCUGGUGAAUCUAAUCAACAAGCACGGUUUGAUGCCGAAAAAGUGCUUCCCGGAGAGCUACAGUUGCGAAGCAAGCACGAGGAUGAAUUCCGUUAUCAAGAGUAAGCUGCGGGAGUACGCUAAAGUAUUACGUACGCUCAUCGCCGAUGGCGCCAGCGACGAAGACGUGCAAGCCAAAAUCCAGGAGCAAAUGAACGAAGUGUACAACGUGGUCGCCAUCUGUCUUGGCAUUCCGCCGGAGAAGUUUACCUGGGAGUAUUACGAUAAGAGCAAGAAAUAUCUAAGCAUCGGACCAAUCAAACCGGUAGAUUUCUACGAAAAGUAUGUCAAGCCAUACUUUAAUGUCGACGAUAAGGUGUGCCUGGUGACGGAUCCUCGCGAGGCGAACCCCUACGGACGGUCGUAUACCGUGGACUGCUUGGGGAACGUGGUGGGAGGGCGACCGGUGCUGUACAACAAUCAACCGGUGGACACGUUGUUGGAUUUGGUGACGAAAGCACUGAAACUCGGCGAACCGGUGUGGUUCGGAUGCGAAGUUAGCAAACGCUUUGCUGGCAAACAGGGUAUUGAGGAUCUAGAUAUACAUGACUUCAAGUUAGUAUUUGGAGUAGAUAUUCAAACUACUAUGGAUAAGGCAGAUCGCUUAAUGUACGGAGAAUCGAUGAUGACUCACGCUAUGGUAUUUACUGGGGUGUCCGUUGACCCCAAUACGCAAAGACCGACAAAGUUCCGCGUGGAAAAUUCCUGGGGCGAGGACCGUGGUGAGAAGGGAUAUCUCAUCAUGACGGCCGAAUGGUUCAAGGAAUUCGUGUUUGAAGUGGUGGUCGAUCGCAGCAUAGUUCCACAGGACGUACUUGACGUUUUCGAUUUGACCCCAACCGUUCUGCCUGCAUGGGACCCGAUGGGUACACUGGCUAAGUGAAUCACUAUCAUAGAGUCACACGACGCAGUGCGGUUAUUUAGACCUUGUCCACUUUGCAUGAAAGAUAAAUUAUACUAGGUACUAUAUUACGAAAGCAUACACAACAAAACAAUAACUGCUAAAAGCGGAAAGACUUUAAGCUUCUUAAUUGAAAGCAGCUGUAGGAAAAACAAACAAAAAUAAGGGCGGAGCGUGUGUUGCAAUUCACAAGCGUGUUAAAGCAGAUACGUGUGUAAGCUUGAAUUGAAAGCCAUUCUUGUAUUUGACAAGAAAUAACAUAAAUUAGCUAAUAUGUAAACUGUAUUUAAAUGAAUAACAUAUUAAUAAUCAAUAUAUGUCACAGGAAUGCGGGAGACGUAUUUUUUUUAAUGAAAAUAAAUAUAACAACACUGAAAUUGU